CCCUCUACAGGGAUGUCAUGCAGGAGAACUACGAGACGGUGACCUCGCUGGGAUUCCCCCUUCCCAAACCUGAGCUGAUCGCCCGGCUGGAACGAGGGGAAGAGCCAUGGGUGCCUGAUCUCCGGGACUCCAAGGAAAGAAGUCUUCUCAGAUACAUUCGUACAGCAGGUGCUGAGCGAGGGAGUGAGAAUGAGGAGGGGAAUCAUCAUGAGGAAGUUCCCGGGGAAGUGGAACUGCAGGGGUCCUUUGUUGGAAGAGGUGAAGGGAAUUUUUCCCAGUGCUUGGAGGAGGAAGAGGCCUGGGGAAACUGGCACAGGUCAGAAAGGCUUCUGGAAAACCAUCCAGGGAAGAGAAUGGAUGAAUCUAUUAAUGGCGGGAAAGGAGACAAGGAUCCCAGAGCACAGCAGACAAAUUCCAAGGAAGAGACACCCGGGCACUACCCUCAGUGUGGGAAACGAUUCAUUGUGAGAUCACAGAUUGUGACCCAUCAGACAAUCCAUACUGGAGAGAAACUCCUUCAAUGCUUGGAAGAUGGGGAAAGCUUCAAUAAUCUCUCAGAUCUUAAUAACCAUGGGAGCAGCCACGCUGGAGAGGGAACCUGUCAAUCCCUCGAAUGGGGGAAAUGUAUCAUUUUGAAACCACAAAUAAUUAGACAUCAGGCAAUCCACACAGGAGAGAGACCCCACAAGUGCUUGGACUGUGGGAAAAGUUUCAAAAGAAGGUCACACCUAGUUCGUCAUCAGGCAAUCCACACAGGAGAAAGACCCCACAAGUGCUUGGACUGUGGGAAAAGUUUCAUAAGAAGGUCACACCUUGUUAAACAUCAUGCAUUACACACAGGGGUGAGACCACAUAAGUGCUUGGACUGUGGGAAAAGUUUCAUACAAAGGUCAGACCUUGUUCAACAUCAGGAAAUCCACACAGGAGAAAGACCCCACAAGUGCUUGGACUGUGGGAAAAGUUUUAUAAGAAAGUCAAACCUUGCUAAUCAUCAGGCACUCCACACAGGAGAGAGACCCCAUAUGUGCUUGGACUGUGGGAAAAGUUUCAUACAAAGGUCAGACCUUGUUCAACAUCAGGCUAUCCACACAGGAGAAAGACCCCACAAGUGCUUGGACUGUGGGAAAAGUUUCGUUCAGAGGUCACACCUAGUUCGCCAUCAGGCAUUACACACAGGAGAGCGACCCCACAGUUGCUUGGACUGUGGGAAAAGUUUCAUAAGGAGGUCGAACCUUGUUCAACAUCAGGCAGUCCACACAGGAGAGAGACCCCACAAGUGCUUGGACUGUGGGAAAAGUUUCAUACAAAGGUCACACCUUGUUCAACAUCAGGUAAUCCACACAGGAGUGAGACCCCACAAGUGCUUGGACUGUGGGAAAUGUUUCAAAGUGAGGUCACACCUAGUUCGCCAUCACGCUUUACACACAGGAGAGCGACCCCACAGGUGCUUGGACUGUGGGAAAAAUUUUAUUAGAAGAUCGAACCUUGUUCAACAUCAGGCAAUCCACACAGGAGCAAGACCCCACAAGUGCUUGGACUGUGGGAAAAGUUUCAUAUGGAGGUCUGACCUCAUUAAACAUGGAAGAAACCACACAGGAUCUAAACUUCUGUGACACAUGGGAAGAAAGGGUUAAGCAACUUGCAUGUAAUUGACUCAGGGUCAACAUUUAGAGAGAGAUUUUAGAAGUGUGUCCACUUUAGAUAAGCUAGAGUUUGAAAUGUAAAUGUGUAUUUUUGAAAACUUGGAAGAAGACGGCAAGUCACGUAUGAGUAACCUAAUUGCCUUCUAUGAUGAGAUAACUGGCUCUGUGGAUGAGGGAAAAGCAGUGGAUGUGUUAUUCCUUGAUUUUAGCAAAGCUUUUGAUAUGAUCUCCUACAGUAUUCUUGCCAG